AUGACGCGAAACGACCCAUUACUCGUCCAGCGCCCAUCCUCUGAACAAUCGGCAGAGCGAAGCGACGCUGAAGAGGAUGCUCUCUUAACUGGUCAACGAACGUAUCGUGACCAAGACCGUCGCGGAGCUACGUUUUGGCGUCAGAUUGGAUUGUUCGCAUGGGCCCUGCUAGCUACUGCUGCUGUCAUCAUCCUCGCCGUUGCCUACCAACAUCAACAAUCCACCGGUAAAGGUGAAGGAAGAUGGCGCGAUUCAAGGCCCAUGGGAAAACGGAACCUGAUAUUUAUGGUCUCCGAUGGCAUGGGCCCUUCGAGCUUAUCGAUGACGCGCAGCUUUCGCCAGUUGCGAGACGGCCUUCCCAUCGACGAUAUUCUCGUGCUGGACAAACAUCAUAUCGGACAAUCUCGAACAAGAUCAACGUCUAGCCUGGUUACAGACUCUGCCGCUGGUGCGACGGCGUUUUCGUGUGCGAAGAAGAGCUACAACGGUGCUAUAGCUGUGCUGCCAGACCACACUCCCUGCGGGACUGUCUUGGAGGCUGCGAAGGCUGCUGGUUAUCUAACAGGCUUGGUAGUUACGACGAGAAUUACAGAUGCUACUCCUGCCUGCUUUUCCUCCCAUGCCAACAUGCGUUCAUACGAGGAUUUGAUAGCGGAGCAUCAGAUUGGAGAGUACCCACUUGGCCGCCAAGUUGACCUUAUCCUUGGAGGAGGAAGAUGCCAUUUCCUCCCCAACUCUACCUCAGGUAGCUGUCGUGGUGAUAACAAGGAUAUUGUGCGACUCGCCCAAUCGAAAGGAUUCUCGUACUUUGAUGACCGCAAAGGUUUCGAUGCGCUCAAACUUGGCACUGCUGUGAAGCUUCCCUUGCUUGGCCUUGUUGCUGAUAAGGAUGUGCCUUACGAGAUCGACCGUCGAUAUCAAAACGACACAUAUCCUUCUCUAGAAGAAAUGACUCGAACGGCUUUGAAAGCGUUAAGUGAUGCGACGCGUGAUAGUGACCAGGGUUUCUUCAUCAUGAUUGAAGGCUCUCGCAUUGACCAUGCCGGCCAUGGUAACGAUCCAGCAGCUCAGGUUCACGAAGUUUUAGCAUACGAUAGAGCUUUUGCUGCCGUAUUGGAAUUUCUCGAAAAGGAUUCCACCCCUGGUGUUGUUGUUAGUACAUCUGAUCAUGAAACCGGUGGAUUAGCCGUUGCACGACAGCUUCAUCAAUCAUAUCCCGAUUACAAGUGGUUUCCAGGCGUCCUUGUUAAUGCUAGCCAUUCUUCCGAAUAUCUUCAAGCCAGGCUUGAUGGGUACCUUAAUAACGAAGGAAAAUCGGCCCCCAAGAAGGAACAGAGUGCAUAUGUUCGUCGCCACUUUUUGGAAAAUGGCCUUGGAAUAUAUGAUGCGAAGGAUGCUGAGAUUGAUUCACUUCUUCGUUCGGACUCUCCGAUCCCUGCGGCCUAUAUUUUUGCAGAUAUGGUCAGCCGAAGAGCUCAAAUAGGUUGGUCAACUCAUGGACAUUCUGCUGCCGACGUAAACAUCUAUGCGUCUUCUCCGCGUGACGUUAUGAAUCUUCUUGGUAACCGCGAAAACACCGAAGUCGGUGACUUUCUUGUCAAUUAUCUUGAUUUGGACCUGGAUUCGAUCACGGAAAAAUUAAAUGGCACGAAGACCACCCCAAAAGCUAGUAGCAAUGGCUACGCCUGGAUGGGAGCACCGCUCGAUAGCGAUGUUGUUGUCGAUACACUUGAUAUUUAUCAUGGCGACUUCAAGAAACGCAGCCUCUCCUGGCCAAGUGAAGUCGUCAGUACUGAUGGAGGAUGCGGGUGCGGGAUGGCACACUAA